AGUUACCAUCAGGUCAGUGCAACAAGAAACGCUUUAUAUUAAAUUUUUUAUUUCUUUAAAGAUCUACUGAUUUGCAUCUUCUUGUUCUUUAAUCAAUAUUCAAAAUUCCUGAGAUUUCUUGACCGCCAUUUUCCCAUAGAGGGAGAUUGAAUUCUUGUUCUGAAGAAGAGGUUACAGUGGCAUGGAUAUGAGCUCAGAAAUCCUCACAAGAAUUGGGUGCAUACUUGUUAUGAUUCCAAUUAUGGGUUUCUGGUUCAACAAAGGCAGUGCACAUGAGAAGCUAAAGAAGAAAUAUAUCAGCAGAGAUUCAUUUUCACUAAAUUUAGCUCCCUUAAAACACAAACGACUUGGGUUCCAUUGUAUCAUUUUGAUUAUUGUGUUCUUCACAGCUGGUGCAACUAUCCUUCAUCAGACAUUUCAAGUUACGUUAGAGGAGGUGUUGUUGGACACAAAUUUAAGGAUUCCUUUGCGCUUAAGUGGAAUAAAGAUGACAGAGUACAACCUACAGGAAAGUGCUUCACAGAGGCAAGUGGAGCAAAACCAUGGAUUUUUAUUGAUCCAAGAUGUUGUCCUCCUGCCUGAUGAGGUGUUACUAUUGGUGCCGCUAUCUUCUCAAAAAUUCAGAUUCAAAGACAAAGAAUCUCUGCAAUGUUCUUUCGAAGACAAUUUUUAUACGCAACUGAAGGGAAUUGAAUAUUUAGAUAGAGCCCAAGGAGUUGCUGCAGUAAGAUGCCAGGCACCUGGACAAGAUGUCCAAUGGUCUGCAAAAUCAGUGGCCCUAGUUGACAACAUUCAUAACCCAGUUGUAACAGAGACCAUGAAAGUGAAUGCUGUGUUUAUGAAUUACUCCCAGCCCAUUGAAUGGCAUCACAUGGUAUAUGAGAGCUUCAUUACAGGUAAGGAUAUUGUUCUGUUUGCUAAAGGUAUCAACCAUAAACAAGGCUUAAAUGUUGCAACAAAAGACCUCCGUUGCAUCUUCAAUGGCACAAUAGAAACUACUGUAACUGUGUCUGCACAAGAGGUCUUUAGGUGUCAGCAUCCAGAAGAAGAUGUUCUUUAUCAGCUUUAUGGAUCCAAAAUCACUCUGUCAGUCCAUGGAAACCCUAUUCCUUCUGUUAUUUAUUAUGACAUGCCACCAUCUUAUCACAGACCUCUGCGGUAUGCUCAUAUUAGAACUACGGAAAGCAAGAAGAUGAAACUAUGUGCCUGCACCAUGGUGUUUAAUGUUGCAAAAUUCAUAAGAGAAUGGGUGAUGUACAAUUCCCAUUUGGGUGUAGAGCAUUUCUUUCUGUAUGAUAAUAACAGUGAAGACAACCUGGAACAAAUUCUUGAAAGUGGGUUGUCAGGGUACAAUGUGAGCAGAUAUCCAUGGCCAUGGGCUAAGACACAGGAAGCAGGGUUUUCACACUGUGCUCUCAUGGCCAGGGAAAAGUGCCAGUGGAUGAUGUAUACCGAUGUGGAUGAGUUUGUAUUCUCUCAUUCUUGGUUGAAUAAGCAGGUGGGUCCUGAGGUCGAGGGUAUUCAGGCAGUUAAAUCUAACAGCAAGGCUCUUACUGCAGGGGCUCUCUUGAACAUGGUUAUGAGUCUAAGUUCACAGAGGAAGAAGCCUUCAAGAAUUUCCGAAUCUCAUAUAGGGCAAGUUUCCUUCAAGUGUAGGAAUUUUGGGCCAUCAGGGCUUACUGAACACCCUGACAGAGGGGUAACCCAAGGGUACACUUGCAGGGAGAGGCAGGAGAAAAGGUUCAAAUCCAUACUUUUGCUGGAAGCUGCCUCUCCUUCAUUGCUUAAUAUAAUACACCGUUUCCAGCUGAAGAAGGGAUACAAGACAUUGUAUGUGAAGUCCUCCAUGGCAGUGAUAAAUCAUUAUAAAUAUCAGGCAUGGAGUGAGUUUAAGGUCAAGUUUAAGAGGAGAGUGUCUGCCUAUGUUGUGGAUUGGAGUGAGUCUAAAAAUCCUACUUCUCAGGACAGAACACCUGGCCUUAGCAAUAAGGCCAUUCAGCCACGGGAUUGGGAACAUAGAUUUUGUGAAGUGAAUGACACUUCUUUGAAAGAUUUUGCAAUCAGAGUGUUUUCUUUGGUAUCUGCAAGAUCACCAAAAUGUGUGGACGCCACCAGCCCCAUGGUCAGCAACAGCCAACUCGAGCUCCUUAUGGGAGCUCUCUCUAUCCUCCAGUCUUUGGUCUCUGUACAAACUACAAAGGAACACUCUGAAGAUCUACUGUGAAGCUAAUCCUGAUUGCAAUCUGUCCAACCUUCAUGGAGUAGGAAUACUUAUAUUCAAUGGAUCAUGAACACUUCAUGGAGUGUGAGGGUGAGGGCCAAGGAUGAUGUAGGAUUCCCUCCAUUUGCCUUGAUAAAUAGGGCUACAGACCAGGCUCUAAGGCAUGGACGUUCAGAGAGUGAAAAGGUUAUGUUUUUUUAACACCUUCCCAUUUUAACAUAUGAGGAAUUACUAGAAGGUUUAAUAUUAUAGGAUUGAUAGUCUGUAUGCUUGGAUUGUGUUGGUUACCUUAGGUCCAUAUCACCUUGAUGAUUUGAAUGAGGAUGUUCUGUUCCCCCAGAGUGCAUCAAGCAUGUGCACAACAUUCACUUCAAGAUGGAAGCCAUGUUUCAAGUUGAUAUGCAUCAUCAAAUACUCUAUAAAGGAGCAGAGAUUGCUCUGUUCAAAUCGAACAAGAAGGAUGAUUAGAAAUGGAAGAUAAAUCCCAUCUCAAAGCUCCCUGAAAGUAUUCUUCAGCCUGCUUUAAUUAAAUACUUGAUUUUAUGUCACUUCAAUGCAAUUUUAUUAAGGAGCAUUGAACAUGAAGACUUUAGCCAGAAAUUCAGAUUCAUCGAGUCUCUGACAUUCAUAACUGUUAUGUUUGCAUCGAGUACAGUGCUCUGAUAAUUGAGCCUCUGUUAGAACAUGGUGUUAUGAUAUAAAUCGAGCCUCAUUUGUUUAAAAAUAUAAAUCUUUUUCUGAAACCCUGAUCGAUUGAAUCUCUAUGAAUGUGAUUCUUCUCUAAAAUUGUGAGGUCACAAUAAUGGAGACAUCAAAAUCAGAGAACAUAUUCUAGAAAUGAGGCUGGUCUUGUAUCAAUUCUUCUUAUAUUUGAUGUUUUCCAAUGUUAUGU